GUCGACAAGCAACAUGUAAACGUGUGGAGCGUGAAAAGGAUGGGAGUAUUCAUUUUAAAAAAAAAUAUUUUCAAAGACAACCCGAUGUAAAUUAUUUAUGUCCAAGUGUACAUCUCGAAUCGAAGUCGGCUAACUGUUCAAAUCAGCCACAAAGAUGUCGAAAUCUGCCCUACUAACCAUCCAUCAAGUAUUGAGGAGAUGCUUCCAUAGUCUGGAAAACAACCAAAAAUUGUGGAUGAGCGUGGUAACAGAGUGUAUCCCUCUGAUGGCAUCCCUGGAGAACUUGGCAGAGCAGUCGAGGGCGCUUUCCAACGUCCAGAUCGCCAACACCCCGCUGAAGGACUUUCCACAAGUGGAGGAACUGCUGCGUUUCAAGCUCUCGCAAGCCAUGGACACUGUGUUGUGCAAACUCCACCAAAAUAUGGCUUCUCUUCAGUCACUAAAAGACUCUGUGACUAACCAGGUCUCGACUGCUGACCAGUUGUAUGAGCAGAACACAGAUAGUCUGGAUUUGGUCACUGUAACCGAGCGCUCUGCCACCGUCCCGUCAGUCAUCGACAUGCUGGAGUGGCUCCAUAAUGCCGCGCGUCACUAUCGACAACAAUUCACGAGGAGGAAGAUUCUGCUCCACACACUCAGUUCAGACAACCUCAACCUUUUGGUAUCUGCUACUAAGAGAUGGAAAGACUUGGACACCCCCAGUGCAGAGGAUCAAAUCACAGAUGCACUUUGCAAAGUUUCUUUCUUCAUGGAGUCUGGCUAAGUGGAGAGAAAGCGACGAGUGCAAUGCUUGCACUCUUGACAGUCUUGUAAUGGAAUGACUGUGAGCUUCAAAGGAACAAUACAUAAUUGGAGACUUAUCUUCCAUUCACCAUACAGAUAGUGGUGACUGUUGACAGCAAAAUUAAUCGUUUUUGAAAAAUAAAAAACAGCUUUAUUACCAUU